AAGCUCCUCUCCGCAGACUGACGUACGUGCUGCGUUCAGCGGCGGAGGCACGCAGUCUCCCCGCGCACAUAGAUGGUAUUCACGAAGCUGCCGCGUGAACUGAACAAUUGACUACGACGUGGGUUUCGUGGUUGUGUUCUGACAGUCCGCCUGAGAGCACAGGGACCGGGGUCAGCGGAGCCCAUCAACCCAGGGCUGCAGAUAGAGCCUUCCUCCAGUUUUUAUCUGCUCUUGGGGCUCGGCAUGUCGGAUGAAGAUUCCAGAGCCAGCUCAAGCUCCUCUUCAUCUUCAUCUUCAAACCGGCAACAGGAGACCAACUAUCUGAAAAAGAAAGACAGCAAAGCCAGCAUGAGCAAGAGCUCUAAACUACUGUCCACUAGCGCUAAAAGAAUUCAAAAGGAGCUGGCUGACAUCACACUGGAUCCUCCUCCCAACUGCAGUGCUGGACCCAAAGAUGAUAACAUCUAUGAGUGGAGGUCAACCAUCCUGGGCCCCCCGGGCUCUGUAUACGAGGGAGGGGUAUUUUUUCUGGACAUCGCUUUCUCUCCAGAUUACCCCUUCAAACCACCCAAGGUGACAUUCCGGACCAGGAUCUACCACUGCAACAUCAACAGUCAGGGCGUCAUUUGCCUGGACAUCCUGAAGGACAACUGGAGUCCAGCUCUGACCAUCUCCAAGGUUCUGCUGUCCAUCUGCUCGCUGCUUACCGACUGCAACCCCGCGGACCCUCUGGUGGGGAGCAUCGCCACGCAGUACACCACAAACAGACCCGAACACGACAAGAUAGCCAAACAGUGGACCAAACGCUACGCCACAUGAUCGCCCAAGCUGACCCCAUCACCGCCGCCGGGGGAGGGUGGGAUUUUAUUGUGAAAUGUAUCUUUGUUGUAUCUUUUAAGUUAUGCGUUCCAGCUGGAAGACCGUGUUAAUAUUAAAGAUGAAACGUGUGCUCCUGUUGCAAACGCAAGGGGUUUGUGUUGUUUCUAACAUACGGUCAUGCUUGUUUCCAGUCCUCUAAAAGUGACAAAUUAAAUCAUC